CGGUUAGAGCUGUUCUCGAGCGACUACACAUUUCACUCGAACAAAUAGUGUAGCUGUAGCCGUUGCUUAAGUCAGACGCGUGGUGUUGUCGGUCUUGGCUUUAUCAACCAAUAUCAUAUCUGGGUAUAUCUUCAUCAACUCAGCGUCCGCUCUAUCGUGAAGGAACUCUUGAAAUUAUUCGCUCUCUUUUUCGAGAAAUUAAUUUGAAAUUGUCCGUUUAUAGAAGUGCGAUAAGAAUUAGUUUAUUUCUCAAGUGGAUAUUUGUAAGAUAUUAUAAUACAUCAAGAAGUGGUGAAAGUAGAUUGAUAAUUUCUGCAAGAGAUUCCGCCUACUGACGUCAUCAUGAACGAGGACCCCCCGCAAUCGGAAUACUUCCAUUUCCACAUAGUGGAUUAUUGUGUUUUUGCCGCGAUGUUAAUCUUAUCAGCAGUUUCUGGUACCUAUUUCGGCUACUUCAGGCGAAAGACGCCAGUGCAGAUAAUCCCACCGAGUCAGGGUAGCAACAAGAAGACUGGAACAGAUUUCGGAUCAUUGUCCAUGAGUGAAUAUCUUUUGGGUUCACGUAAGCUCAAAUCUUUCCCAGUGGCUAUGAGUCUAGUUGCAAGCUACAUAUCCGGAGUCACAAUCCUUGGAACUCCUUCUGAAAUCUACAAUUACGGUAUCCAAUACUGGUUGAUGGUGGUGCCUAUUCUGUUGAUGGGCAUUGCUGUGAGUUUCGUGUACCUGCCGGUAUUCAUGUCCCUCAAGGUCGGCUCAUCCUAUGAAUAUCUGGAACUCAGAUUUAGCUCCGCCGUGAGGUCAAUGGCGUCAUUCAUGUUUGUUUUAGACGAGAUAUUUUUCCUACCGAUUAUUGUGUACGUUCCUGCAUUGGCAUUUAAUCAAGUCACGGGAGUGGAUUUGCAUCUAAUCGCGGGAAUUGUAUGCAUCGUUUGUGUUUUCUACACCACAAUUGGCGGAAUUAAAGCCGUUGUUCAUACGGAUGCUUGGCAGAUUGUCGUGAUGUUUAUCUCAGUUUUUGUUGUGGCUACUCUUGGUACAAUUGCUCUUGGGGGACCAGCAGAAGUCUUCAGAAGGGCCACAGAAGGCAAUCGCAUUGACCUAUUCAAUUUCAAUCCAUCUUUUUAUGAGAGACACACUUUCUGGGGCGUUCUGAUAGGCGGUUUUAUGUAUUGGACAUCCUUCAAUUCCGUUAACCAGACAAUGGUUCAACGGUACAUGUCCCUGCCUAAUCUCAAGACUGCCAGGAUAUCCAUUGCUAUGUAUACGGUGGGCAUCAGUCUCUUUGUUAGUGCUUGCUGCUAUGCUGGAGUUCUGAUCUAUGCCUAUUACUACAAAUGCGAUCCUAGCGCUGCAGGCCUAAUCCAGGCAGAUGAUCAACUCUUUCCGAACUACGUCAUGGAAACUGUGGGGGAUCUCAAAGGUGUUCCUGGUCUGUUUAUUGCUGGAGUCUUUGGAGCGGCUCUCAGUUCCUUGUCUGUGGUCCUCAAUUCAACUUCGGCUGUGCUUCUUGAAGAUAUCCUCAAGGGAUGCUUCAAGGUUCAGCCCAACGAAAGGUGGGCAGCUAUUUUUGUGAAGAGCAGCAUUAUUCUUCUGGGAUGCGUUGCUAUGGCGUUGAUUUUUGUGGUAGAGCGUCUUGGAGGAAUUCUCUCUGUGGCUACCUCCCUAACUGCCAUUGCCGCUGCCACGACAUUUGGUGUCUUUACACUGGGAAUGCUGGUACCUUGGAGUAAUACCAAGGGGGCAAUUGCUGGAGUCCUGGCUGGUGCUCUAAUGUCCGGCUGGGUGUCUCUGGGAUCCCAAGCAGCUGUGGCUAAUGGAUAUGUAGUUCCACAUAAACUUGAUAUUUCCACGGAGAAUUGUCCAGCUUUCAAUAGCACAGCACCUGAUUAUCCGGAUGAAUCUGAUGUUUUUCCACUGUAUCGCUUCUCAUUCCACUGGAUCAAUCCCAUUGGGAUCAUCAGUGUUCUCAUAGUUGGAAGUAUUGUUUCUCUGCUGACAGGUCCACGUGAUCUCAAGCAAAUUGAUCCUGAAUUAAUCUCACCGGUGAUUCAUCGAUUCCUGCCAUCUGAAUGUUUCAUACACUAUGGCACUACAUCGAUGGAGCGCAAUCAGCUCAAUGAGGAUGCGUCUCAGGAGGAUGAACGCCUGGAAUUCCAUGACAGAGUUAGUUACCUGGCCUCCAGUCCUCCAGUAUCCUCCAAGGUAAGUCCGUCAGUUGAGAGUAGAGCAGAAAAACCAUCCCCAAAAACUCCCUCCCCUUCCAGCCCACCACAAGCCAGUCCAACUGGGGUCAGACUCGGUGAUUGAACACCAACUAUAUCUCGUGCCAAAUGAUCAAAGUCAUCCUCAACCGACGACAGCAUCCAUCGAUAGUCUUAGGGAUUUUCUACCCUUUUUGCACAUCUUUAAACUUACAAAGUUUAGAGAAACUCAGAUGAAUGAAGAUUUCUUGAGGAAGUCUGUGCUUCCUUUCUAAAGGGUAGCUUUUGUGUUGUUUGUGUGGAUGUUUUAUAAAGAAUUAUCAGGAUAAUUGAGAAGAUCACAAUAAUUUUUCUCAACUGUGAUACGUAAAAUUGUAUUGAGAACAAUUUACAAGGUUAUUUUUACACACAAUUUGUCAACUUUGUAAAAUAAAUUGUAGCAUUGUAGUAGAAAUUUUUAUGUAAUCAAUUUUUAAAUAAAAUAGAAAUGUCUUUUCUUAGCGAUAA